CGUAAGGAGGAGCAAACGUCGCCUUAGCAACGGAUAGGGUUUUAGCUAAAUGAGUAGCAGCCAGGGUUUCCCUUUGCUUGAAUUAGUCGCAAAGCAAAGACGCCUUAAAUUUCUAGUGCAAUGACGGAAGCCGUGAUGGCUACGAACAACCCGUCGGUGUUUCUGCUGACAGUGAACGGACAAAUAGAGGGCGCGAACUUCCCAGAGUAUGACAACUUGUACUGCAAAUAUUGUUUUGUCUACGGUCACGACUGGGCUCCCACCUCGGGGUUGGAGGAAGGCAUCACACAAAUAACCUGUAAAGGCAGUCACUCUUCACACAGAUUAAUAUGGAACUUCCCGCUGGAGACAACGUUUAAGAGUACAAACCCCUCUGGAUGGCCUCAGCUCGUGGUGAGUGUGUACGGUCCGGACGUGUUUGGCAACGACGUGGUCAGGGGUUAUGGAGCGACACACAUCCCCUUCACACCUGGACAGCACACACGAACCAUCCCCAUGUUUGUUCCUGAGCCCACAUGGAGACUUCAGAAAUUUACGAGCUGGCUGUUGGGACGGCGGCCCGAGUACACAGACCCUAAAGUAGUGGCCCAGGGAGAAGGCCGAGAAGUGACUCGGGUUCGGUCCCAAGGCUUCGUCACAGUCUCCUUUAACAUCAUGACUAAAGACAUGAAGAAACUGGGCUACGAUACAGGACCAUCAAGCCCGGCGAACACACAGUCUGCCACAUCUGGCUGGUCGACAGAGGAACAACCGUACAAAAUAUAAUAACAUAAGAGACUGUUUUACAGACAGCUAAUUGGUGGGCAUUCGUGCUGAAUAUAAAAUUACUUUUUUACUUUUUCAGUUAGUAUGGAAAUUCACAAUACUGCAAUGCCGCUGUGAAGAACGCAAGGGGUAACACACACUCCUGUGCCUAGUGUUUUUUAGUAAAAUUGUCUUGAAAUUAAUUAUGAAAUUUUAUUAGACGCAUUCAAAGUUCCAGAUAUAUUUGUAUGGUCCUGAUUUUUUCACUUUUACUAUAUUUUUUACUUUUUUAAAUAAAUGUGGACUUUGAAUGUAUUGACCAUAUUGUUGAACACACACAACUGUAUUUGUUUGGACUUUUGGUUAAAAAAAAAAAAGAAGAAGAAAGUAUAAGGACACACAGACACUGGAGUUACAGAGCUGAAGUGAUACACAUUUUAUUUUGAACCAAUGCAGCUACAGUUGUCCUCAUCAACAGGGUGCGGCCUGCUGCUUUCAUUUGUUUAG